GUGUACUUCCUUGAAGGGCGGCGCGCUGCAUUCAGGAAACAAGUGUAAAAGUAAACAGCAGAGGAUCAAACUCCCCGCUGCUGAAGAUCUGACACAUAAAGACACAAACACCGAAAUAAACACCGCCAGAGAUGGACACCAGCGCGUACGGGGCUUCGCUGGCCGGCGGAGCUUUUGAUUUCAGCAGCUUUAUUAAACAGCCGCAGACGAUCGUGCGGAUUUUCAGUUGGAUCUUCUCAAUAGUAGUGUUUGCUACCCUAAUUUCUGAAGGAUACAUCAAUGAAUCAACUGGAGCGGACACUAAAUGUAUUUUCAAUCAAAACGACAGUGCUUGCAGUUAUGGAACUUCUAUUGGAGUUCUAGCUUUCCUGGCCUGCGUUAUCUUUAUUGUGCUGGAUGCGUAUCUCCCUCAGAUCAGCAAUGCCAACGACAGAAAAUACGUUGUCCUGAGUGAUCUUGUUUUCUCUGGUGUCUGGACAUUUCUGUGGUUUGUGUGUUUUUGUGUGCUAGCCAAUCAGUGGUCCAAUACACAGACAACUAAGGGAAUCCCCGCCGAUGCAGCCCGAGCCGUGGUGGCCUUCUCCUUCUUCUCCAUUGCUACCUGGGCACUGCUCACCGUGUUUGCAUUUAAACACUACCGUCAGGGCUUGGACAGCGUUGGGCUGGGCUACACCGAUCCAGUCAGUGACCACACCUCACCUUAUCCAUCUGCAUAUCCAUAUCCUCCUGGUGCUCCUGAAGGUUAUCAGCAGUCUCCGUUCACUCACAGUUCUGCAGGAGAAGGAGCGUAUCAGCCUCCGUCUUACUGAAGCUAACUAGUGUUAAAGAAAGCAGUUUAACACAAAUCUGUGUGGACUGAUUCAUAUUCUUCACUUUGUGUUUUUUCCAGCCUUUGUUUGACAGUUGGGUUCCUGGUGUGUUUUCAUGUGGUCUUUCAGGAACUUGAAAGCUAUUUAUUUUUUACUUGAUUUGGCUUCUAGCACCUGCCACACGCUUAUCCUUAAGUGGGACAGUUGUGUUUUUAACAUCAGUGAAAAUGAACUUGUUAGGUUCAUUGUUGGUAUAUUCUGAAUUGGCUUUCACUAAAUGGAUUUGACUCCAGCUGUAUGUUUUUAUAUUAAGAUGGCAGACAGUCCUAAAUUUACAAUCAUCUAACAUAGCUGAACAAGCACUGAAUAACUACCUUGAUUUUCUUAGGAAGUGGGUUAGUUUCCAAAGAAAUGCACUUGGAAUAACUAAAUCAAAACCAGACUAAUUGUGUAAAUGUGCCAAAUACACUAAGAAGCUAAAGGAAUUCUUUAAAAACAACACCAA